CACAUGACCAGGCGUGUUUACAUGGUUCACACCUGCAGUCACACUGUUAACCUUAAGAACUGCACUGACAGGGACGAUUCCGGUGUAAACCUACUCGAAAAUUAGUCCAGUGGAGAUAGUUUGUCGUUUAGCGGACGCUUCAGAGGAGUUGCGUCAGACAACCCCUGCUGAUCUGUUCCCCAGGAGGUACAACUGGCUCUAGGUAGCCAGCCCAUUUCUGCCCACCAUGGAUGAGACGGAUGUUGAGCAGGUGACCCUGGCUCUUCUGGAUGCAGCCAACGAUAAAGACUCGGAGGUCCAGGAGCAAGUCAGGAAGUCUAUGUUGACUCUGGGAAAACAGCAUUCAGACCGAGUGUUAGCCAUGUGUCAGGACUACCUACUGAAACAUCCCAAGUUGGCAGUGAGCCACAGAGUUGUGAUUCUUCAGACCAUUGAGCUGAUAGUCCGCUGCCGAAUAGACGAUAUCAGUUCUAACAGAGUAAAGAGUAUAAUCUCCCUGGCCUCAGAUGAGAUGACCCGAUCAAAGGAGGUUGUUGCUGACUGGCAGCAGGCAGCCAGUAAUAUCUUAGUUGCCGUGGGUAACAAGUACAUCAAUGAAGUAAUGGAAGAGAUACUAAGCAAGUUCCAGCCAGGAGUCCUACCUCACUUCUUUGUGGUUCAAACACUAGCCAACCUGUCUGAUGCAAAUGUUUAUGGCAUGGUGCCCUUCCUGAAUGCUAUUCUCGGCACUAUGUUGCCCAUGUUGAGCAUGGCCAAACAGGAUAACAUGAAGUGGGUCUUUUCUUCUGCUCUAUGUCAUUUCAGUGAAAGCAUUUUGGAGUACUUGGCAAACCUAGACAAGGCUCCAGACCCAACAGUCAGAAAAGACACGUUCUCCAGUGAAAUCUGUGUCGCCUUCGACACCCUCUUCAAUAACUGGUUACAAAGCAGAGAGCCCAAGCUGAGGCUGACAGUGGCGGAGGCGGUGGGCUCUAUGUGCCAUCUGAUGGCCAAUGAUAAACUGGAGGAGCAGAUUCCCAAACUCAUUCCUGCCAUGCUGUCACUGUACAAGAAAAACAACGAGCACUACAUCAUUAGCAAGAGUUUGUGCCUAGUCCUUGAUGCUUCUGUCAACAUGGGCAGCAGGGUGCUGGAGACACAACUGGAAGGUCUUCUCUUUGCUCUGCAUCAACAGGUGUCUGCCCCUAUUGAUUACAAUAACCCACCGACAGUAAAGAACCACAAUGAGGUCCUACGCUGCUUCAGUUUGCUCGCCAACUCGUUCCCAGACCGGCUGGUUAUGUUUGUUCUUCAGAAGCUGGAGAACAGCAAUGAGCGAAGCAGGAUGGGCUCCCUGGCUGUGCUUCGGCACCUCAUCAACUCCACCACUUCUACGAUGGAGAGUAAAAAGCUGCUUAUUCUGGCCAGCAUCCGACAGCCAAUGGCCGACCACAGCAACAAGGUGAAGAAGCGCGUGGUCCAAGUGAUCAGUGCCAUGGCUCAUCAUGGCUACCUGGAGUUAGAGGGAGGGGAGUUACUGGUUAGAUUCAUUGUUCAACACUGCGCUUUACAUGACACAUACCAGCGAGGUCCGAGGCCCACGGAUCCAGAGGAGGUGACUAAUGAGGCGCUGAGGUCGAUGUGUGACAACACCCUUCACCUCCUGACCACCACUGUUGGACGACUGGCUGAUGUGUUAUGGCCCAAGCUCCUGUACUAUCUGACCCCUCCACAGUACAGCAACGCCACCACUCCUCUCUGCAAGAGUCUCAUAGUGCUGGGCAACAAGAAGAAAAGUAACCAGGAGCCCAGCUUCAACAUAGACUUUACACAGGAAGUUAAUCUCCCUACGCGUCAAACACUAAUGAUCAGACUGCUGGUGAAUGCAGCGUUUCCGUUCAGUAGCCGAGGUCACGGAGCUCCAUCCCUGUCUCUCCUCCAAAUCCUCAGUAUUAACAUUCACCCCAGUACGGAGGUCGUCUGGGAGAAGGAGAUACCUCCUCUGCUUUCAGUGAUAGAGGAGUCGACGCCCGAGAGCCUAGAUAAGAAGCAGUGGGAUGAGAAGCUACUGAAGCUGUUGUCUAAAACCCUGGCAGCGAUUGAUGAUGACAAGUGGGUCUGUCAGCUGACAGCUGAGGCAACAAGAUACCUCUCCACAUAUAACAACGACCUGGAGGAGAAGAGUUUUCUGUAUCGAUGUAUAGGAGUCGCUCUCCAACAGUGUUUCAACAAAGAGGUGGUUAGGAAACACCUGCAGGAACUUCUCCUCACAGCACGACACCACGAUGCACUCGAAAGAGAGGGAGUUGCGAUGGGCGUUGGUCUGUGCGCCAACAGCCACUUGGAGGGAACUCUGGCCAAGCUGGAUGAGUUCGGAAAGUCGGACGCCUUCAAGAAGUCGCCGAGCAUCUUCAACCUGCUCAAAGAACGUAAUGACGUUGAGGUGGAGAAGGUGAAAAGCACAUUGAUCCUGUGCUAUGGUCAGGUGGCUCUGAACGCACCCCCUGAAAAGCUGCUGAACCGCAUUGAUCAAGACAUCCUCCGCUGCAUCAGCAAACACUUCAAUACCAAGGUCCUGGGGAUUAAAGUAGAGACAAAGGACCUGACUAUGAAGCUCAGUUUGAUCCAGAGUGUUGGACUCAUAGGCCGAGCCAUCAGUGAGUGUGUGAAGAAACAAGGCUACAUCUUCGCUCGCAAGCAGGAGCUGAUUAAUGUUAUGCUGGACUUUAUCAAGGCAGAGCCAACUGACUCAAUGAGGACUCCAGUGCGCCAUUUAGUGAUGACCACCUGCGCCAACCUUAUGCCACUGGACCCAGCGCUGACUGAAAAUGAGAGCUUUGACCUGUUAAAGGUGUGCGUGAACAGUGUGUUUCCUCUUCCACCUGAAACACACACUCCAGAGAAGAUUAAAGACGAAGAAACACUUGACCCCAAGCAAAGAAAGGCGUUAUACAAAAACACGAUGGCUGCUCUGCAGGAGCUGCUGAAGAGCGUCCUGGCCAGAGAUCCUACACCUGAUGGCUUGCAGGGCGUCUUUAAGCACAUUGAGUCGUGGCUCAGCUCUGGACAGGACCACGAGAGAGAGAGGGCUGUAACCGCCACUGCUCACAUACUGGCUUACUACCUGGAUAUCCUGACUGUCAAGAACAUGGUGUCCUUUCACAACCUUGGAGCUCUGCUUGGUCGGCUGUCUCCUCGCUGUUCUGACCCUCAACCUGCCGUACGCGCUGCAGCUAUCGACUGCAUAUACACGCUGCUUUCCAUACAGCUACGAUACGAAGGGUUUUCCUUAGAUUAUAAAGAUGAAGGUGUGGAGUGUUUGCUGCACUUAAAAGAGCAACUGGAAAACCCUGACCACUCGGUUCUGUACAAGACCUGCUCCGACCUCACAAAGGUGAUGAGUAAGCGUCUGCCGCAGCAGCAGCUGACGACGCUGGUGUUCAUGCUGUUUGAAGGGCUGGUGGACAGUCAGACGAACUGCUGCCGAGCGUCAUCUGUCAUCCUAAAUACUCUGCUGAAGAACAGAGGGGGUGGACUGCAAGAUCUGGUCCCAGAGAUGCUGGAGGUGCUACAUGUGCGUCUGCAGAGCAUCACAGAGGAGCAGGUGAGAGUGGCGGUGGGACAGACCGUACUAAUCCUUGCUUCUCAGCAUCUACAGACCGUCAUCAAUGCUCUCAUAAACCAGCCACUUCCUUAUGACAGCUGGACCAGUGAGAUGUGGAUGGCCUUGGGAGCAGACCCACUUGUCGCCACUCAGAUCUUGGAGAUGGUGAUGGAGAAACUUACCAUCAUGGCGCCCUACGUAGACAGGAAGGAGGCAAUGUUGAGGGGAGGGACAACAAAGGUGGCCACCAAUCAGCCACUGGCUAUGACGUGUGGUCUCAAAGAGCUGUUGUUAAAUGGUCAGUGUCAGGAGCCGGCGGUCGGUCUGUUCCCUCAGCUCUUCUCCUGUCUCACUGUCAGACUGGCAGCUAGCGUCGGAGUCUUGGCACCAAAGGACAACAACACUAAACACGCUGCCUCCGUCCACGUAGCAGGGGUAGCAGCUGAUGCGCUGAGAAUUUUGUUAGCGCGAGCCCAGUUAGAUGAAGUCAUGAAAAGACUGGAUGAAGACAACGCCUGGGAUGCAAUGAGGGAACCCAUUACUCACAUUAAAGGAGUUACACUACUAGCAAGGGCGAUGGCUAAACACGCUGGUCCCAGGUUGCCUUCGAUCGUGGAGUGUUUGUGUCCGUGCCUGAAUAACAUCUAUGAGUGUCAGAGAAUCACCGUCACUGCGUUCUUCUCUGAGCUGCUGAACCAUCAUGUGGUGACAGAGCUGAUGUUAAUAGACGUGUUAAUGAACAACAUGAUGGAGAGGAUAUCGGAUCCCUGCUGCUCCGUCCGCAUGUUGGCUGUGCGAGGGCUCGGCAACAUAGCUGUGGGAUCACCCGAAAAGGUGAAUAAAUAUGCCAAAGAGCUGCUGGCAGCCAUGAGUUCAGGAAUGGAGGAAAAAGAUGAUCCAGGUAAGCUGAUCACUCUCGAAGCCAUGUCUGGUCUGUCUAAAGUUCUCCUCUACCUGGACAAGAAGAACGUCCACUUACUCGUGGUCUACAUCUUCAUGAAGAUCAAACCCUUCCUGGAGAGUGAGAAUGAUGAUAUCCGCUGCGCUUCCAUCCAUCUAAUGGGGAACCUGUCCAAGUUUGGCUCAGGAGAGGCAGUUUUCAAAGACCAGAUCCACAAUGUUCUGGUCAGCCUGCUGCUACAUCUGGUUGACCCAAACCAACAGGUGGUCAAGGCAUGUAAGUACGCGAUGCGAGUGUGUGCUCCUGUGGUGGGAUCAGAGCAGAUCACGGCCAUGUUUCAGAACCACCUUCAUGAUGACAAGAGCUUGCACUACGGAGAAUUCAUCAAUGACCUGACCAAGUAUCUGAUUCAGGACUUUCCUGGGAUGCUGAACUUCUACCACAUCUCAGUCGUCCAGUUCUUCAAGAGCAGUUGGCCUGAAGUCCGAGCAGCAGCUGCCAUGUUUAUAGGGUUUCUGCUGGGCAAUCUUCAAGAGGAGCAUUUUUCUCACCUCAACAUGGCAACUAUCACUAAAGGUUUAGUGAUGCUGCUCCAAGAUCCAGAUCCUGUGGUGAGAGUAAAGGCUGCAGAGGCCAUGGGACACUUCCACUGACACGCACAAAUCUUCCAUACAAACAUCAGUGUUUCCUACAGUUUCCUAUAGUCUGUGGUGGUGGUAGUAGUAGGUAAAAAAAAGAAAACUCAAAGAGUUUUUAAUGAAAAGGAUCAAAAAAAAAAAUCCUGGCUUUCAGUGUGUGAAAAUGUGCAGCCGCUAUAUAUUUAUCCAAAUCCCACCACUGUCACAUUCAUUAAAAAGAAAAAAGAAAAAAAAGAAAAAAAAAAAACAGGGACCAAAACAGGUAAAAGCAUAGACAAACCAAAUGGUUUAUUCACCAAUUUAAGAACAAAUAUCGUACCAAUGAACACUGAAAAUACACAUUCACGCACAUGCACAUGUAUAUUUAUCCGUUAGCUCUGUUUAGCUUUCCAACACUAUGGUACUUGAAGCAAGUGUAAAAUCUUAACUGUAUUUUAGAGACCGAGAACUGUAGCAUUUAGAGUUCUGUCAGUGUGACGAUACCAGAAGUAUACUGUGUUCUGUGUCAGGAGUUUUUAAUGCAGCGGUUAAACAAAACAGAAAAACCUUAAGUAGGCUUUUUUUUUUUAAGAAUAAAUAUAGUUUCUUUGAAUAUGAAAUGUGCAAAUGAAUAUACUGCACAACUUCAUGUGUCUGGCUACAGUGUGUUCGUGUGGUCAUACCAGCAUUUUGUCCUAAUGUAGUUGAAUUUCAGAUAAGAUAGUUACAGUAUAAUCUGCCUUAUUGUACUCAAGGAUGCUUCAGUCGGCUCCAAGCUUUAUCCUGUCCACAAAGACCCUUGAUUAGUUUAUUAAGGAGCCAUGCUGAAGACUUAAAAUGAAGCGUGGACUAAAAAUAAAUGCACAAGAACUGCAGCAGAUCUCAGACUUGGAGUGAGUAUGCUUUAAUAUUUGUAUAGGUAGCAGAAAACAGGAUGGUUGUUGUCUCAUGCUUGUCUUCAGUCGUCCAUAUCAUUUAAUUAAUUAUUAAAUCAGCGAGCAAUAACCAGACAGUUCACAACUAUUUUUACUUUUGCCACUAGUCUCUAAAAGCAGGGAUGGCCGAUAAUAAAUAAUCCUCCUGUAGCUUGUUCAGAACAGGUUAAAGAGAAGGUUUCACUAUUGUUUUUGAAAUCCGCUCAUACAUCAGUGCCAUGCUCUGCUUCCAUCCUUAAACCGUAGCGUUUACACAUCACUGCCACCGCUACAGCUAAAUGGCCGACCUGGAUAACUGCACUAGAGUCUCCUGAUGCCAGAAGAACAUUGUCCAAACUUUUACAUUAGCCUUCAUAAACUCACCAGCCAAACGGGGAGGAAUGAAAAAUACUUAGUGGUCCUGUUUUUAGCCGGGUUAGCAAGGCUGAAAUGAGAUGAACUGCUCUUUCUAAACUAGCCAAUUCCAGCCAAUCACACCACUACUUAUCAGUGUUGCUAGGUAGAACAGUCCAGCGUAACCAUGCUGAAACCAGUGCCAAAUGUUUGUUGAUAAUCACGUACUAGAAUAGCACUAUAUGGAUUCGGUUUAUGAGUUGUUUUUUGUCUCACUUUGAAUGCACUUAAUGUCUGGUUUUAUACGGUACUGCUGUGGGUUUGUGGGACUCUUUGUGUAAAUAUGUGUUCAUGUAAGAAUGUCUGUAUAUGUAACUUUAUGUUUAAACCAUUCAUGGCCAACAGGGAGGGAUGGAAAGUAAGCCAAUGUUUUAAUUUGUCAGGUCACAAAAACGUUAAAUAGAGAAUGAGAUGAAAACAACCCAAUGUUUCUGUUGCACUUUUGGGCUCUGCCAUGCAGUCCCUGGUCCUCGCCUAAUGUCCUUCAUAGUGAGUCUCAUGUUCUUUCUCUUUGUUCUGCACUUGUGAGAAAAGCUCGUUUCAAUGAUCGUUUCCAUAUAUAACAAGGCAGAUUUUUAUUUCUAAUGCAGACAAACCUCUUACGGAUACACUCAAAUAAUAAAAAUCAUUGUCUUAAACGCUCUACAAGCGGGGGCUUGUAGCGUGUAGCACUUUCUAACACUAUGUCUUUGAUUUGGGUUGUUACUUUAUACGACUGAUACGAUUAUUCAUGUCUUCCUGUUUUUUUCUUUUUUUGUUUGUUUUUUUUUAACAUGUCAGUGUGUGUGUGUGUGUCAUACAGAGGUACGGCUAUUCCAAAUAGUUAAAUGUGUGGAUGUGUUGACUUGUGAUUGUGUGCAUGUCACUUUUAAGACCAGACGAGAGAGAGUGCAUUAUGGCGAUCAGUAUAUUUAAAAUAAAGAAAUAAACGUCCAUUAAAACUGAA